AUGUCUGCGUCAACAAAGUCGACUCGCUUCCGCUGUGCGUUAUGCCCAAAGGAGUUUUCCCGGCGGGAGAAUCUUGCUCGCCAUGCUCGGAUCCACAAACAACAAAAGUUGCAUCGCUGUCCCAUCUGUGGCAAAGAAUUCACCAGGAGCGAUGUGCGCCAGCGUCAUGAGGAGAUUCACAAAGCGCAGCGGUUGCCUAGCGCGACUUUGGUGUCCCAGAGGCAGACUGCAUCACCAAAAGAUCAUGGGCUGGCCUCGUCGCAUACUUCUGAUCUGUUACAUGAGACUCGGUCGGCUGAAACGCACAAUGUUGCGGGCUCAGCAGGUUCCAGUUCUCUGAAUGCUCGGCCACUUCCGGAAAAUGAUGCACACUAUGGGUCUAGCAAUGACUGGACCCCUAUACAUCCAUUUAACAUGGACAUAGAUCAGACCUCAGAGCUUGAAGCUCAAGUUCAGACUGAACACCCCCUUGGUUGGACAAAUCAGUGCCCCAAUAACACGUUCGAUGAUGAUCUGCUCCGAUGGAUGCAAGAACCAUGUCUAUUCGAGGAUAUGUGUUUUGGUGACGAUAUCAUGUCGGUGCUGCUCGAAUCAGGGUCAAUGCCGCCCUUCAAUGCCGCACCAAUUUUGGCCAUGGAUAUUGAUAGAGAUCAGACAACAGUUGAUCAUCAUAAUCAAAGUUCCGCUACCUUUGUUGACAGCGGAGAAAAAAUGAGCCGGCCGGCAUCCCCUCCGAAUGAAGCCUCUGAGGAAGACAAAUGGCCAUACAGAUGGGACCCAGGCUCUCAAGCGAUUACUGCCGCUAACCUAGCGGAGGUCAUGACCACCGAAUGUCCUUGUGACGAGGAAUUUUGGCAUGCUCCAACUGCCAAUCGUUGGAGAACAUUACUUGGCUCUGCCUCUGUUCCACCUGCAAGAACCUAUGCUUCUGCCGUGAGCCCCUUUUUGGGGCCUCUGAGCCUAGGAAGCACUUCAUACAACACCUCAUUUGAUUCAAUUCUUCGACAGACGUCUUUCCCCUCGUCAAUAAGCCACAAUUCCUGGACCAGACAUCUCAUUCUUACUACCAUCCAGGUACAGAUAUUCGAGCUAUCACAGCAGAUUUCAAUGGUUUCUGAGGCGGCUCUUGAUACAGAAAUAUGGCAAGUACCUGGAACACAAGAAGUCAACGCUCCCGCAAACUCCACUUUCCUCACCACUCUCGAGCCUGAGAUUCAACCUCAUUAUGCCUAUCUGGUGACGAGAUGCUUAUCAAGCCGUCAUCCAGGCUCUACUUUGUCACUUUCGGAACAAGAAGUGUGUAAAGCGCUCGCAGAACGCAAGGAACUUAUCUCAAAAAUGCUAGCUGCCUGGGAACAAGCUUACGCAUCAGUACCUGCCCCGGAUGUGGCUGUAUAUGAGACCUCCCGUUAUUUCCAUACAAGUUCCCAGGUGUAUCAUCGCCUCGGCCGUCUCACUCUGUACGUCCCAAUUGUGGAUCUUCAAAAUGCACUUGGAAAGUCGGGAACAUCUGAGAUCUCUCCAGUAGUAGACAUGAUGCAUAAGAUUCUUACAAAUCACCCCGAGGAUGUUGGAAGCAUACUCACGCAUUGUCUGGAAGCCAUUCGAGAUCUGCGCGUGCAGCCCACCUUGUCAAGCGGCGAACCGAAGUCCCGAAUGACAGAGCCCCCAGAGAUAAUUACCUGCUUCCUCAGCGAGGUCUUUGUCUGGACACUUUUGUGA